UCGUCAAGAAUAAAUUAAAAAAAAAAAGGCAAAAGAAGAAGAACGAAGUUCGUUCACGCACAGUCGUCUCCUUGGUGUGGGUGAAGCAGAAGAAUGCAAUCAGGCGAUGGUUACAGUAAUGGUUUCCAUCAUCAACAUCAGGAGCAUUGGGGAGAGAAGUGUGAUGGCCUGGGUUCUUAUGGCCAUUCCCGGCGUCGCAGCCGCAACGGAGCUCGUUACUCCGGUGGCGGCGGGGGCCAUGGCUUCUCUAGUGCUCAUAGGGUUUGCGACCAGUUCGAAGACCAAAAAUCUCCGCCGCCUCCGCCUCCGCCGACUGACUUCGACGUAGCGUACUUUCACUCAUACGCUCACGUUGGCAUUCACGAAGAGAUGAUCAAGGAUCGUGCAAGGACGGAAACUUAUAGGGCAGCCAUCAUGCAGCAUCAGAAUUUUAUUCAAGGCAAAGUUGUGGUGGAUGUUGGCUGUGGAACAGGCAUUCUUUCAAUCUUUUGUGCUCAGGCCGGUGCGAAGCGGGUAUAUGCUGUCGAUGCAAGUGACAUAGCAGUACAGGCAAAAGAAGUCGUAAAAGCUAAUGGUUUAACUGACAAAGUCAUUGUUUUGCACGGGAGGGUGGAGGAUGUUGAAAUCGACGAGGAGGUUGAUGUUAUAAUUUCAGAGUGGAUGGGUUACAUGCUCUUGUAUGAGAGCAUGCUGGGAAGUGUUAUUACUGCUAGAGAUCGCUGGCUAAGGCGUGGAGGUCUAAUUCUCCCAUCACAUGCAACACUAUACAUGGCACCUAUCACCCACACUGAUAGAUACAGUCAAAGCAUCGAUUUCUGGCGCAAUGUCUAUGGAAUUGACAUGUCUGCAAUGAUGCAAUUAGCUAAGCAGUGUGCGUUUGAAGAACCGAGUGUGGAGACAAUAACUGGAGAGAAUGUUCUAACAUGGCCACAAGUGGUUAAACACGUGGAUUGUUACUCAACACAAAUUCACGAGCUUGACUCUGUUACUGCAAGAUAUAAAUUUACAUCCAUGAUGAGAGCUCCUAUGCAUGGGUUUGCAUUUUGGUUUGAUGUUGAAUUCGGCGGGCCAGCCUCUUCAACUACAAAUAACCGCAGUGUAGCUGUGGUUAGUGGUUCAUCAAUGAAUCAGGUUGGAGAUGAGAAUCAAAAGAAACGGGCUAAUCCCAAUAGCGCUCUCGUGUUGUCCACCGCCCCUGAGGCCCCUCCAACUCAUUGGCAGCAGACAAUUGUAUAUUUCUAUGAGCCGCUAGAUGUGGAGCAAGAUCAAGUUAUUGAAGGCUCGGUUACGCUCUCACAGAGCAAGGAGAACCGAAGAUUCAUGAACAUUCACCUCGAAUACUCUUCCGGUGGGCGAUCCUUUGUUAAAGAAUCGGUAAUGCGAUGAGCCUUCAAGGGCAAGGUGUUGUACUUUCAUUUUGGCAGUUUGUAUCUCGCAAUGGAUGAAAAGGCGCAUUUAUUCAGGUGAACCGGCAUUUAAACAGUGUAUUGGCCUGUGAAACUACAAAUUUCGGACAUCGGAUUUGUAAGGAUCCUUAGGUUCUAGACCAGGCCCGAGCUAGAUUAGACGUUAAUGGCCAAUAAAGCGGUUAAGAGUGAUUGUUUCAGUUUUUGGCAGAAAUUGUACCAUUUAGUUUCUUAUCCUUUUCCAUGUUUGAAUGAUAUAUGUCACAAGGGUGUGUAAAAACCCCAGUCAUCAGAUA